ACUAACGUCGAAACUCGAAAGUUAUGUGUCAUGUCAACUACAAACCUAGAAAAUAUUAAAAUAUUGCAACAUAAUUCAAUAAUAAAAAGAAUGCCAUCAUAUUAACGUGAUAUGUUAAUAUGAAGCUCGACGGGUUAAAAUAUAGAUAGCCCAAUAGCAAAAAAUUUCAUAACCAUAUAUGGUAGAUAUCAGCAAAGAAAACGGGCAAGUCCAAAAAGUUAACAGGAAAAAAAAAAAAAAAAAAAAAACAUAUUGGGUCUAAAACUCGAAAACCCAAAACCCCAAAAACAUCCGUAAAAAAAAAACCCAAAUCGUCGCUUUCAUCGGCGGCGACGGAGCAAGCGGAAUAGUCGUCGGAAAACCCUUAACUCGCGAUUCUCCGAUGAAAAUGGCGGUUUUCCGAUCACGAGCAUGGCUUUCAAGAGCCUUCAGUUCUCUCUCCUCCAAUCCUCUUCGGGUUUGUGUCGUCGGCAGCGGACCUGCCGGAUUUUACACUGCAGAGAAGAUGUUGAAAGCUAAUGAGAAAGCUGAAGUUGAUGUAUUGGAUCGAUUGCCAACUCCAUUUGGUUUAGUUCGUUCUGGUGUUGCUCCUGAUCAUCCUGAAACUAAGAAAAAUUGCAACAGAUUGUGAUUAAUCAGUUUAGCCGGGUUGCGAAAAACGACCGGUGCAUGUUCUUUGGAAAUGUAAAUCUUGGGGCGUCUGUGUCACUGAAAGAGCUUCGAGAUUUAUAUCAUGUGGUCGUGCUUGCAUAUGGCGCUGAAAGUGAUCGAGUUCUUGGUGUUCCUGGAGAGGAUUUGAAAGGAAUUUACUCUGCUAGGGAGUUUGUUUGGUGGUACAAUGGACAUCCAGAUUGCAGAAACUUGGCUCCUGACUUGGAGAGUACAAAUACAGCUGUUAUUCUUGGCCAGGGCAAUGUAGCUCUUGAUGUUGCAAGAAUCCUCUUAAGACCCACGGCUGAACUGGCAACGACUGAUAUUGCUAGUCAUGCAUUAGGUGCUUUGGAAAAGAGCUCAAUAAGGAAAGUGCAUUUAGUUGGAAGGCGUGGUCCAGUACAGGCCGCUUGUACUGCAAAAGAAUUACGUGAGAUACUUGGGCUUAAAGAUUUGUACAUCAAUAUUGAAGAUGCCGAUCUUAGGAAAAGCCCAGUGGAUGAGGAAGAAAUGAAGUCCAGUCGAAUCCAGAGACGGGUGUAUGAAUUACUAUGUAAGGCAUCCACCUCAAGACCUAUGAGUCCUGAUGCUGAUCAACGGGAGCUCCACUUUGUUUUCUUCCGCAAGCCAGACAAAUUUCAGGAGUCAGAGAAGAGAAAUGGGCAUGUUGCUGCAGUUCGCUUUGAGAAAACAACUCUUAAAGUGGACUCAGGUAGACAGGUUGCAGUUGGGACUGGAGAAUAUGACGACAUUGAGUGUGGGUUGGUGCUGAAGAGUAUUGGCUACAAAUCUGUGCCAGUGGAUGGCUUGCCCUUCGAUUCGCACCGAGGCGUUGUUCCAAACUUAAGAGGUCGAGUGUUGCAAGCUACUUCAGGUGAUCAUGCGCUGCUUGAGGGUUUGUACGUUUGUGGAUGGUUGAAGAGGGGACCAACUGGAAUCGUUGCAACAAACCUUUAUUGUGCUGAGGAAACUGUUGCCAGCAUAAUGGAGGACCUUUCCCAGGGACCAUUAGCAUCACUUUCAAGCUUGCAAAAACCGGGCAGGGAGGGGCUUCUUGAGUUGCUCGCUGAUCGCAAAGUCACAGUACUUCCAUUCAGUGCCUGGGAAAAGAUAGACUCCGAAGAAAAGCAGCGGGGAGGUUUAAAGCACAAACCCAGAGAUAAACUAUCCUCUUGGCAGGAGCUACUGAAAGUUGGAUCAGAAUGAAUAUAUUUUCAUCUCACUAAUUACCUAUUUCCCAGAGGAAGAGGGAAAUUCAGAGUUUUUUUUUCCCCUUAAUUUAUAUACGACCAUUUAGACUGUUGUAUAGAACUACAAUUUUGACUUAGUUAGCACUCCACACUAACCUGUUAUCUUUGAAUUUUGAAGUGUGGGUCACAGCAGCUUUUAGAAUGCUCUGUCUCUCUAUUAUACACCAGAGUUGGUUAUGACAUAUCAAUUCGUAAUGCUUAAUCAUUGAUAUUACAGAGAAUAAAUGGUAUCUGAUCUAGGAUCCAA